AUGGAGCACGAUCGCAUUGGUCCUGAUACCACACCUAAGCGCCCUCUGAAGGCCAGGGUCGCCGAUGUCCCUCGUCGCAUCAUCAACACUUUUACAACCAAAGAAGGGCUUAUUGGAGACUAUGACUAUGGCUUCCUUUUCACUCCAAACCUGCCAUUCGUGCGGAGGCGCCGCCAGGUUGCUCCUUUCUUUGGCCUCAACGACGAGAUGCCGAUCCUUCUAGCCUUGUUGCUUGGAUUCCAGCAUGCGCUGUCCAUGUUGGCGGGCGUGAUCACACCUCCGAUCAUUCUGUCUGGUUCUGGUGGUGCGAACCUGGACUCAGAAACCUCCCAGUAUUUGGUCUCCACCUCGCUCAUUGUCUGUGGCAUCCUAUCUGCGAUUCAAAUCACGCGUUUCCACAUCCGCAAAACGCCCUAUUAUAUCGGCACGGGGCUUAUCUCUGUCGUGGGCACAUCGUUUGCAACCAUUCCAGUCGCCCAGGGUGGUUUAUCCCAGAUGUACAAUGACGGUUUCUGUCCAACAGACGCCAGUGGCAAUCGACUACCGUGCCCUCGAGGUUAUGGCGCCAUCCUCGGAACGGCGUGCAUAUGUUCGCUGCUGGAGAUCUGCUUAUCAUUUACACCGCCCAAAAUACUGCAGAGGAUCUUCCCACCUCUGGUCACUGGCCCAACAGUGGUCCUGAUUGGAGUGAACUUGAUCAGCUCUGGAUUUGAGAAUUGGGCGGGUGGCUCUGGUUCUUGUAGGUCCCGUCCAGAUUCGGGCAUUUACCAGAACUGUCCCACCAAUCUUGCACCUCAUGCGCUGCCAUGGGGUUCUGCCGAAUUCAUCGGACUAGGCUUUAGCGUGUUUGUCACCAUUAUCCUAUGUGAAAGAUUUGGCAGUCCUAUUAUGAAAUCAUGCGCCGUUGUUAUCGGUCUACUAGUAGGCUGUAUUAUCGCGGCAGCCACCAACUACUUUGACGACUCAGGGAUCAAAAGCGCCAAGGCUGCAUCGUUUAUCUGGGUGGAAACGUUUCCUCUGUCAAUAUACGGGCCGAUGGUAUUGCCGUUUUUGGCCGUCUUCCUGGUUCUCAUGAUGGAAGCCAUAGGUGAUAUUACAGCCAGUUGCGACGUAUCUCGCCUCGAAGUCGAAGGACCAAUUUUUGAGUCUCGUAUUCAAGGCGGCGUCCUGGCCGAUGGCCUGAACGGCAUGUUUGCGUGUCUUUGCACGAUCACGCCCAUGUCCACCUUUGCUCAGAACAACGGAGUCAUCGCUCUAACCCGGUGUGCUAACCGCAAGGCUGGAUACUGCUGCUGCUUCUUCCUCCUCAUCAUGGGCAUCUUCUCCAAGUUUGCCGCCGCGCUCGUGGCGAUUCCUUCUGCCGUACUUGGCGGGAUGACUACCUUUUUGUUCUCGGCCGUCGCCAUCUCUGGUAUUCGAAUCAUCUCGACCGUGCGCUUUAACAGGCGGAGCCGAUUCAUCUUGACUGCAGCCAUGUCGGUGGGAUUCGGGGCUACACUGGUUCCAGACUGGUUCAGCUACGUCUUUACCUACCAAGGGAACAACUCUGCAUUGAAAGGGUUCAUGAAUGCUAUUGUGCUGGUUUGCGAAACCGGAUUUGCCCUGACUGCGUUCUUGUCCUUACUCUUGAAUUUGAUCAUCCCUGAAGAAGUGGAGGAUGAUGAGGCGGUUGACAUUACUGCCAACACCGCGGAUGAUGCCGAAGACGAGAAGGAAUGGGAGCGCAUCCGACAGCCGGGUCAGGCACAGUCCAUGCAUAAGGGUCAGGAUGGUACCAUGUCGAGCGCUGAUAUUGAUCUCGAGUCGAAUGCGGGCGCUGGGGUACACAAAAUGACCACCAUCAAGGACGCAUAG